UAAAAACACUUGAAUCAAAACUCCAUCAGGCCUUCAUGCGCCCAAACCCCAGAGAGAGUAGAAACCAGCAAAGCCAUGGCCUCAAACUCUAUCCAUCAGAACAAUAACAACAAUCUUCAAGCUCUUAGCAACUUCUCUCGUUUCAUGCAAUCUGCUUCCUCCAAUUUCUUCUCUAUAUUCAAUUUCAACCUCAGCAGUAACGCCAACACUUGGACGACCUCACCACCGUCUAGUCCACUAUCUAUUACAUCGUCUUCUUCUCCUUCUUCGUCAGUCAUUUGUUUGCCUUUUCCAUUUGCCGAUGCCACGCGGCCACCAAUUCCUUCUCUGUCCAAUAUGGCCGCUGCCUCCUCCGACCAAAAUGGUUCCCUUUCAUCUUCAUCGGCAUCGGAAAUCGAGGGAGUGUCGCAGGCGUCAGGGUUCCCUUCAACGGUUAGGGUUUCAGGUCUCAAUUCAAGCAUAAAGGGAGGUGGACCUGCUUUCGUGGGUCAGGUCUUCAGCAUGUGUGACUUUUCCGGUACUGGUCUCAUGGCCGUCUCAACUCGCCUAGAAAUUCCCUUCCUUUCCAAAAGGACUCCUCAGUGGAUUAAAAAUAUGUUUGCAAUGGUUACCAAGAAUGAGAAGGAUGGUCCUGUGUUUCGCUUUUUCAUGGAUUUAGGUGAUGCAGUUUCAUAUGUUAAACAGUUGAACAUUCCAACUGGUGUUGUGGGUGCUUGUCGUCUGGAUUUAGCAUACGAACACUUCAAGGAAAAACCUCACAUGUUUGAAUUUGUUCCAAAUGAAAAGCAGGUCAAGGCAGCCAAUAAACUUCUUAAGAGAAACCAAGAGAAGAGUAGAAGACGGAUCAAUGGUGUUCCUGUUUUCACUGCACAAAACUUAGAUAUUGCAAUAGCAACAGCCGAUGGAAUUAAGUGGUAUACACCAUACUUUUUUGAUAAAAACAUGCUAGACAGCAUCCUCGAAGAGUCUGUUGACCAGCAUUUCCACACAUUAAUACAGAAUAGACACAUGCAUCGGCGACAGGAUGUAAUUGAUGACAACUUAGGAGCAGAAGUGGUCGAAGAGAGUGGGGAUAGCUUAUGGGAGCCUUCGGAGGUUCAAGAUAUGCUUGAUGAAAUGGGCCAUCCGGGAAUACCUUUAAGUGUCAUAUCAAAGGCUGCUGAAAUGCAGCUUCUUUACACUGUUGACAAAGUACUCUUGGGAAAUAGGUGGUUGCGGAAAGCCACUGGUAUUCAACCAAAAUUUCCAUAUAUGGUUGACUCAUUUGAAGAAAGGAGUGCAGCUUCUUUUAUGCGCGCAAGAGACGAUGUCAAUCACGGGCAGCGAUGGCAGCUUAACAGUUCAGAACUCGAUAGAAACACUCCAGAUAGUCAAGACAAGCAUACUGGGUGUAAAGACUUUAGGUUUCCUUUUGGGGAUUGGUUUGGAAAUCCAUGGUCAAAACAGCAGAUGUCAGAUAACCAGAUGAAAACUGAUUCAAGAAGGGAAGGCUCAAAUAGGGAAUGUGUUGUGCAAGAUUCUCUGCUGAAUCCUCUUCUUCCAAAGAUAACAAUGGUUGGCAUCUCAACAGGGGGAGAGGCAGGGCAGAUGAGUAGAGAUAGCUUGAAGAGGACAAUGGAGGAACUGACACGUGAAAUGGAGCAGACUGGUCAGAAAAGCAGCACUGAACUUAGAAGUGAAGAUAGGGAUCCCCUAUUCGUGGCAAAUGUUGGUGAUCUUGGCAUGGCUAAGACGAGCUCCGGUAGAGGGGUACAUGGGGCAAACUACUGACAAGCCUGUCGGCAAGUCUGUCAAAGAUGUAAAUUAGAUUUAAGAAUACAUAAUAAAGGAUUAUGUAUUCUUCGGGGAUUAUCACCAUUGCAAAUUUUGAUGGGAGGAGAAUGCAUUAGUUCAGGAUUGUGUUACUAACUUGUGUUUUAUUCCCUUCUAGUUUGUCCGAUCAGUGUUAGAAAGGGAAGUCAAUUCCUCAGCAGUGUAGGUUGAUCAACCUCUCGCUGAUCUCUCCUCUUGUAGUAUUGGUUAAAUAUUUAUGUAAAUUAGAAAGCAGGUUUGAGUUUUUGUGCUGUA